CGUUAAGCUACGAAGGGCUACAAUACAACGAUAAAGAAUCCCUCAGGGGUGUCUCCUCAAUCUUAAUCCCUCCCUCUCUCUCACCAACUCGCGCUCACUGAGAGCUCCUCUCCCAUCCAUCAACACAAGCACCUCUCUACUGUCACCAGACAACCACACAAUUAUUGACCAUUUUAGAUUUCACUAACUACUAGAAUUUCUGGCUUUUUUUCUCGAUAUUUUGACACGUUUUCGGCAUGUAUCCAGGUCAUUUUUGCAGGAUGAUUUUUCAAGAGCAUCAAGCAUUGAUGGCUGCCAGUAUACCUAUCUGAGUGGGUAAAUAUUUCACGGACACCGACAAAAAGAAGAGUCAGAAGGAGAGAGAAAUCUCCCAACAGAGCCGACAGAGAGUGGUGGAGAAGGAGACCACUGGCAGUGGGAAAUGGCUGCCAUGACGACGGUACCCAGCUAUACUCCUUCAAUAUGGGUGAGAAUGUGUCAUGCCCUUCCCCGUCUGGACCUCAGCAUGCAGAUGAGGGACAAUAACUUUGUCCCUGACAGCUGGGAGUACCAGCAGACUCUGCUGGUUUUGUCCAGUAUAUCAGCCAUCGCUCUUGUUAUCUCCCUCUUAGUGGUUCUCUCCUUCCUUAUACACUACUGCUGCUGUCACCGUGGUGACCGGAGCGAGGGAUCAGAGGAAGAAGAGGAGGAUGAAGAUGGGAGCACGGGUCACGGUUACAGUGGGAAGAAGGGGCGGGGCAUCUGCUGUGUCACGUGGGUGGCGGUUGCCUCUGUCACGCUGUGCUGUGUUGCCAUAGGCAUCGGUUUCUAUGGCAACAGCGAGGCUAAUGAUGGGAUGUAUCAGUUGACCUCGUCUCUUCUCACAGCCAAUUAUACGCUAGCUUCCAUCGAUCUGCUGAUCUCAGACACAAUUACUGGACUGCAGCUCUCUGUCUCCAGCCCUCUUACUUCAAUGGAGGAGCUGUUUUCCGGCAGCAAACCUUUCCUGGUGUCAACGCGGAACUGCAGAAGGUUAUCUGAGAACGUCAUCAACCUCCUCUCCUCCAUCUCCUUGGCUCGUUCCAGUCUAGACGCAGGGCUGGGGAAUGACAGCAGCAUCAGCGGGGCUUCCAUUACUCCAUUAACACCUGUUCCACCCUCCGUGGCUCCUACAGUGGUACCUGCCAGCAGCUUGUUGCCCAACCCAUUCUCACCUGGCUGGGCAGCUAACACACUGAUGGUCAAUGAGGACUACAGGUGGCUGUCAUAUGUGUUGCUGCUGCUGCUUGACCUCAUAAUUUGUCUGUUCAUCCUGCUGGGACUGGCCAAGCAAGCCCGUUGGUUGCUCAUCCUGAUGACUGUUCUGGCAUGGUUGGCUCUCUUCCUGAGUUGGGGUUCCCUGGGCUUGGAGACAGCCACUGUGGUGGCUCUCAGUGACUUCUGCUCAGAUCCAAACACUUUCGUCCUCAACUCCACCCAGUUCAGCACAGGGACCAGCUCAGAUGUGCUGGAUUAUUAUCUGACCUGCAGCAGGCGCAUGAACAGUCCUUUCCAGCAGCUGCUGACCCAGUCGCAGAGGGCCCUCUCAAACAUUCACACACACCUCUCCAGUCUGGACAGAAAUGCUCUCCCGCAGUUCCCCAAAGCUGAGAAGUCUCUCAGGGAGGUUCAGCAGAUACUCAACUCCACAGAGGGCAACUUUCAUCAGCUGGUGGCACUGCUCAACUGCAGGGGCCUCAACAAGGACUACAUUGACUCACUAAAAGGCCUGUGCUAUGAUGGGAUGGAGGGAUUGCUGUACCUCUCCCUUUACUCUUUCCUCUCUGCUUUGGCCUUCACUGCUAUCCUUUGCUCUCUGCCUGGUGCCUGGAGAAGCUUCCCCAGUGAAUCAGAGGAGUAUGACGACUCGGACAGCGAGAGUGAGGACCCCUUCACCUCCCAUCAGGCACGUAGACAGGCGUCUUCGGGGUCUCAGCGAGGGGCCAUGGCCCCCUUCUAUAAUUACCCUGGGGCUGGGUGGACACCCCCCUUUUCUAGCGCGCCGCCCCUCCCGACUCCAAACGUUUCCUCCAAUGGCAACCCUGGCUAUGAGAGCCUACCCUUGACUGACAGGCAGUCCCCACCCCCCUCUUACUCUCCCAGCAUGCUGACUGGUUAUGGGGGAGGUCAAUCACACCCCAACCCCUCCCAUUCGAGGAACGUGUAUUCACGCUGAUUUUUUUUUUUUUUUU